GUUAAUGCUUAUAGAAACUCGGCGCAGUCUGCACAGAUGGUAGUGUCGUCAGGCUGAUAGAGUUGGCAAUAAGUGAAUAAGCAUUUGACAAGGUAUGAUCCAUAGAGAUGUGGUCUUUCUUCUCAAGAGAUCCUGCUCGUGACUUUCCUUAUGAAAUUAGUGAAGUUAUACCUGGCCUUGAGGAAAAAUCAAUAUGGGAGAUGCAUAAAGGGAAGAAAAAGGCUAAUGGUGAACCAGUAACUGUAUUUAUUUUUGAAGUAAAACCAGGUGGUGAAGAUUUGCUAGAAACAGCAAAAUCUGCAGUUAAACGGCUGAAGACUCUGAGACAUCCCAAUAUACUAACUUACAUUGAUAGUUUAGAGACAGAUAAGAUAGUGUACUUGGUUACUGAACCAGUGGAAACUUUGGAACGCCACCUGGCAGAUGAAGAUGUUUACACCGAAAGUCAGAAAAAGCUUGCGAUUUCUUGGGGUCUUCAUCAAGUUGUGAAAGGCCUGAGUUUUCUCAUCAAUGAUUGCAGUCUGGCACACAAUAAUGUCUGUUUAUCAUCAGUUUUUGUGGACCAAGCAGGUAACUGGCGACUUGCAGGCAUAGAAUACAUGUCACCAGUUUCAGAUCCACCCCCUUUCAAAUCUGUUCGCUACCUGGAGAGGUAUAACACCCCAGAAAGAGCUGAUCCUGCCAGAAAAAAAGUUACUAAGUGGUCCACAGACAGUUGGGGUUUAGGCUGUCUUAUAUGGGAAGUCUUCAAUGGUCCUCUUCCAAAACCCACAUCUCUGAAGUCUUUUGGCAAGAUACCCAAAAACCUAUCUGCACAUUACUGUGAAUUGGUUGGAGCGAGCCCUAGCAGCAGACCCAACCCAGCUGACUUUAUCAGCAAGUGUCGUUCAAAUGGUGGCUAUUUCAAAAACAGUUUUGUUGAUACAAUGAUAUUUAUUGAAGAAAUGCAGAUAAAGGAUGGCCAUGAGAAGAGUCGAUUCUUUGCAAGUUUAACCCCUUUACUAGAUUCAUUCCCACAAAACAUAUGUAAAUAUAAUAUUCUUCCACAACUUGUAAAUGCCUUUGAGUUUGGUGAUGCAGGUUCUGCUGUUCUGUCUCCAAUGUUUAAGCUUGGCAAGUUAUUAGAUACAGAACAAUAUCAGAAGAAGAUAGUUCCUUGUGUAGUGAAACUGUUCUCUUCAAAAGAUAGAGCAACAAGAGCUAAACUUCUGCAACAGAUGGACCAGUUUGUACAUCAUCUUCAACCUUCUCUUAUCAAUGAUCAGAUUUUCCCCCAAAUCAUCCAGGGAUUCAUGGACACUAAUCCAACCAUUAGGGAGCAAACAGUCAAAUGCAUGCUUCAUUUGUCUUCAAAGCUCAACUAUCACAACUUGGAUGAAGAACUACUAAAACACUUUGCUCGACUUCAAGCAAAAGAUGAUCAGGGAGGAAUUCGAACAAAUACAACAGUUUGUUUGGGAAAAAUAGCAAGUUAUUUGCAUCCACAGACGAGACAAAAAGUUUUGAUAUCUGCAUUCUCCCGAGCCAUGCGUGAUCCUUUCCCUCCAGCUCGAACAGCAGGAAUUCUUGCCCUUUCUGCUACACAGAGUUAUUACACCCUACGAGACUGUGCCACAAGAAUUUUACCAGCUCUUUGUGCUUUGACAGUUGAUCCUGAUAAAUCUGUAAGAGAUCAGGCAUUUAAAGCAGCAAAAGGUUUUCUAAGUAAACUGGAGAAAGUUUCGGAGGACCCUAGUCUAACUGAACAAAUGGAGGCUGAUGUAAAUGCUGCUAGCUCUGGAUCUUCUACUGGUAUAGCAGCCAGUUGGGCAGGUUGGGCAGUUUCUUCCUUAACAGCUAAGUUUUACAAGUCCAGUCAACAGUCUCCUUCUCAACCCACUGCUGUUCAAGCUGACUCUCAAUCACCAAAAUUGUCUUCAGACUCUAGUCAUUCUGUUGUGUCUGAUCAGUCUCAUGCUGCUGCAGCCAUUGUGAAAGAUGAUCAUCAAGACUCUGGCUCAGAUAAUGAAGAAGAAUGGAAUGACUGGGGGGAUAUAGAGGACUCUUCUGUUACUUCAUCAACCACAGCUGUGCCUACUACAUCAUCAAAACUAGAGGGAUGGGAUGUGAGUGAGGAUUGGGAAAGCUUUGAAAUGGACUCUGGAGGAGAAAAAAGCAAUACAACAGUUUCAUCAAGUAGAGGGGACUGGAAUGAGAGUUUACAUGAAGACUUUAUUCCAGCAGACCCUAAGUUAAAGCCAGCUAGUUCCUACAAUUGGAAAACCCAACCAUCUUCAGUAUCAGACGAUGUUUUUUCGUCCCUUGGAGGUUCUUCCAAAAAGGAAAUAAAGAAGUCAUCAGAACACCAGGGUAGUAAAGUAGCAAACCAGAUGGUUACAAAGUCAGUGGAUGACACGUGGGGUGACUGGAAUGAUCAGUUCCAAGAGAAAACACAGGAUAAGGCUGAAGAAGCACGGAAAAAAAGAGAGGAAAGGCGACAACAAAAACUAAAAGAACUUCAAGCAAGAAAAGCUGCCCGACAGGGAGCUAGUGGUCCAAUGAAAUUAGGCAUUAGAAAAGAGCAUUAAUAUUUUAAACAAAUUUGCAAUAAAUUUGUCCUAUCUGCAGACUGUGUAUUUGUUUCACAGCUAUAUGUAUGUUUAACUGAAGCACUUGAUGUGUGUAUGUAUUAAACAUGACUUAUUUUUUUACUUGACAGCAAACAGUGUCUGUAUUUUUGACUUUGUGUAUAAAUACAAGUGCAGUGUUUAUGUCAACACACUGGCUUUGCAUACUUCCCGUAUUCAUUUGUUUUAUUGCAAUAUUCUGGACAAACUCGGAGGUACAAAUCACAACAGUAUAAUCCUUGUUUACCCAACUGUAUUGUGCAGUCUAAUUAAAAGUACAGUUUUAAAAAUC